ACUUUGGAGGUUACGCACCAUUCGAUCAUCUGACGAGAAACGCUCAAGGAGACGUUUCAAUCGUUUAUUGCACGCUUUUGAUACCGAAGAUCUUGCCGCUAUCCUAAAGGCAGUGGAAAGUGGUGGUCGAGAUAUCAAACAGUGUGCUCCCGGACCGCCAAUGGAUAUCAUUGAAGAGAUACCGGGUUGCUCACGUGAUGUUGCUGAAACGGAUGAUGAUGAAGGUUUCCUGGAUCAUCGUUAUGAAAAUACCGGUUUGAUACCACAAAUUGAUAAGCCUAUGUCUAUACCUUAUCUCUGUUGCAAAUUAUGGCGAUGGAAAGAAUUACAGGUAGAUGCUGCAUUACAUAGGUUAGAUCCAUUACCAUGGUGUAGAUUUGGUCGUGUCACAAUGAAUAAUGCUACCGUUUCUUGUUGUAAUCCUUAUCAUUACGCUUUAUGGAUCAUUGACAAUAUGUCACCAACAAGUUUGAGAAAGGCGUCACUAUGUAGACGAAGGCGAAAAGCAAUCGCUGCAAAUCCGGAUUCAUCCUCCGAUGAGGACAGCUUAUCUGGUGGCUUGAAUGGCGCUGUCUCUAUUAUUGAUCAUUCCUUUGUAACAAAUGACACCGGUUUUGGUGAUGAAAUUACGGGCACAAGUGUUGCAAAUAAUAUAUUAGCACCGUCACGUAUAAUGCCACUUCUUCCGGAUUCACCAAUACGUAGUAAUCAAAAUUUCUCUUCAGCUUGGGCUCAUUUGUAUAGGUGGAAAGAGAAAGAACGUAUGGAUGAACAUGGUGUGAUACUUUCGGGACAAUUUAUUGCUGUUGGAUUAUUAGCUCAUUCCGUACAUGAUGGCCAAAAUGUUUGUAAUCAAUGGGAUAUUGAUAAUGAAGUAUCAUUUGCAUUGAUAAGACAAGCAGAUGUUGAUGAAUCACAAGAAGUAUGGCUCUAUAAUAGUGGUGAUAAGCCGUUGUUCAUUUCAAUCGCAUCAUCAUUUAGUUUGAAUAAAUCGGAAACAAUCAGACGGGUGAGUAGCGGGUAUUGCUAUCGGGUUCAUCGUGGAUGUAAUAAUCCGUUAUUGAAAACGCGAACCGAAAGCCAUAUCGCAAAACAUGAUCCGGCUAAUACAUUAAGUUUUUUGAAUAUCAGUGUUGGCAAAGGUUGGGGUGAUAAAUAUCAUCGUAUAAAUCAUACAGACACACCAUGUCGUUAUGAGGUCAUCUUUAUGCCGGAUAAUUUAUGA